GAGAAUCGCAGCUGGCUAUUUCCUUUCCUUCCCCGUGAACCAAAGCGUACUGUUCAAAUCAAUUCACGUGUUUACUGUGACAAAGAUUUGCUUUCUUAUCGGAAUUAAGAUUUAAUUUGUACAUCUCAUAGUGCACAAGCUUCAACCAGAUCGUGAAAGGUAUGCUUUCUGUUAGGAGAUUCAUCUAUCAAAUAAGAUAUAGUUUUAAUACAAUGUCUGAGGCCGUUCAAAAUGGAAAACCCAUCCUCAAACGUCCUGGAGUGGGAAUUGGGGUUCUUGUGACAGACUCCAUCAAUCCAGGAUGUGUCCUGUUAGGAAAAAGAAAAGCCAGAGUUGGAAAAGGAACCUACCAGUUACCAGGAGGUCACAUUGAAUUCGGAGAAACUUGGGAGGAAUGUGCCCAGAGAGAGGCGAUGGAGGAAGCUGGUGUCCGACUGAAGAACCUUCGCUUUGGAUCAGUCGUCAACUCCAUCAGAUUGGAGGAAAACUACCAUUAUGUCACAAUCUUCAUGCAGGGAGAACUGGACAGGUCUUUCUCAGCUGAACCAGUUAAUUUGGAGCCAGAGAAGAAUGAAGGUUGGACAUGGAGGCGGUGGGAGGAUUUUCCCCCUGAAGAGCAGCUAUUCUUGCCAUUAGCCAACCUGAGACAGCAGGACUUCCAGCCAUUCAGAAAAAGUUAAAGGGAUUUUCUGUACUUAAAACAUUACCGUAUCUCUCCCAGACCUAACCUUAUUGAGGUUCAGGUGAAAUUAAUUCCCCUUCAGGCCUUUUCUCACUCAUUUUGAAGAGAGCAUUGACCUGUUGAAAGGACACACGCCCUGACCUAAAGUUGUGAGAU